UAUUUACUACAAAAGAAGAUGCGCACAUUUAAUCCAUAUGGUUAUAAACUGUCGAUCAGAGGAAGCGAGCAACUCAUUGAGUGAAGAGAGGCGUUCCCGUAACAUUCACCAAAGCCAAAGGUUAUUCGGACCGGUACACUCCGGGCACAACGUUUUUGUCCCAAUCUUCAUAAUCACAUGACAGAAAUACUGCCGCAAAGAUGAGAUUCCGGUUUUGUGGGGAUUUGGACUGCCCAGACUGGGUUCUUGCUGAAAUCAGCACUUUGGCGAAAAUUUCAAGCGUCAAGAUGAAACUCCUCUGUGUCCAGGUGAUGAAGGAUCUGCUGGGAGAGGGGAUUGAUUAUGACAAAGCUGCAAAGUUAACUGCAGAUGCAAAGUUUGACAGUGGAGACAUCAAAGCCAGUGUUGCAGUGCUGACCUUCAUCCUGUCCAGUGCAGCUAAACACAAUGUGGACAGUGACUCUCUCUCCAGUGAGCUGCAACAGCUGGGACUACCUAAAGAGCACACCACAGGCCUGUGUAAAUCAUAUGAAGACAAGCACACUGCUCUGCAGCAGAGGCUGAGAGAGAGCAGUCUGAGACUGGGUCGGCUGGAGGGCGUGGCCUGGAGGGUUGACUACACCCUGAGCUCCAGUGAGCUUCAGGAGGUUAAUGAGCCCACCGUGCAGCUCCGCCUCCAAGCCCAAGGGGCGGAGACAGGAUCCACAGAGGCCACCAUUGUCUCAAUCUCUGCAGACAAGUUCAGAGUCCUGCUGACAGAACUGAAACAAGCCCAGGCCGUCAUGAAUGCAUUGCAGUGAAGCAAGACGUAUGUACUGCAAGGAUCCAGGAAAGGGACCUGAAGUCACUCAGUGGCCAGAUGGGACUGUCUUAUCUGGAGAGUUCUUCACAUGUGUUCCUGGAAGUGUUGCUCCUCUGGGUUUAAAACCCGGUGAAAUUGGAGUAGACCAUGAUCUUUCAAACCUAUUUUGUACAUUGAAUGUAUAUGUCGUCAUUAUUAAAAUGUUAUGAAUGUUA